AUGAAAAUUCCUUCUUUAAAUCCAGAAGUUGGUUCAAUGGUACGAGUUUAUGGUAGUCAUGUAAAUGACUUAAAUGAUUUCUAUUUGUACUCGUCAUGGAGCCACCACAAACUUCUUCAACUUGAUCAACAACUUGCUGAAGCAUAUUCUCAAUCCUCAUCGUAUAACAUAUAUUUAUUUCUUUUUAAAAUAAAUAUAAUUUCUUUCAUUGAUAGAUCAUCUACAACAGCAAGUGAAGAAUUUAAUAUUGGUGAUUAUUGUGCAUAUCAAUCAGAAAAUGAAGUUUGGUAUCGUGGAUUGAUACGCGAACGAGAUUCAAAUGGUAAUGCAAUUGUAUUUAAAAUAGAUUAUGGUGAUGUACAACAUAUACCUAUACGAUUACUUCGACCAUUAGAGGAAUGGAUGUUUGAAGUACCACGUCUUGCAAUUCAUUGUUCAUUAGCUGAUUUAGUGAAACCAAUAAAUGAUUGGUCAUCAGAAGUUAUCAGUCAAUUUGGUUCACAAUUAACAAAAUCAUUUCUUUAUGGAAAAUUUAUUAAUUAUAAUAAAUCGACUGAUAUAUUAAGUGUGGAAAUAAAGGAAAAAGAAUCAAACAUCUCGUUCAAUAAAGUGUUUGAACCAUAUCAAAAGGAACAAUCAACAUUUCCAAUGAAUGAUAAACUUGUCUACAAACGUAUGUUAAUAAAAUAUUUAUUUAUUUAUUUUAUAUUUCUUACUCUGUUUGUUGAAAGAUAUUCCAAUGGUAAAAUUAGAUCCUAA